UAUGGUUUACAAAAUCAGAAAUAAGUCAUUCUUCUGGACAAGAGCAGGAUGGAAAAAUAAUUGGCAUCCUAAGAAUUUUAAUGCUCCUAGACCAUCAAGCUCAGAAUUCACCAUUGGUAUUAGAUGUCGUUAUGAUCAUAAUUCAUUUUUGAGAGGCAAUGAAAUAAAUUUUAUUUAUUAGCUUAUCAUUCAUAUAGAAAGAUCUCUAGACACUGUAAAUAGUAUUUCUUCGGUAACAAAGAAUUGGAGGAAUUAUUUUAGAUGGGUUUGAGAACAUUUUUCAUUGUACCACACAUUGCUGAAUGUCAAGUGACUCAAAUUAAACAUGGUGGUGAAAGAAGAAUGGUAGAUUAAAUUGAUAGAGAUUUUGAAUUAGUAUCUUACAAUUCUCAUCCAUAUUAAUUGUUUACAUACACAAUUUGGAAUUAAUAUUUAGCAAAUCAAUAAGAAGCUUAUGAAUAAAGAAAGAAUGGUGGUAAAGCUAUUGAAGAUUAAGUUAUUGAUCAUAUUAGGUAUAUAUUUUAAAUAUUAUUUUAUUAAGUGAAUUGGUAAAGGAUGAAAAGGCUAAAUUAGGAGCUGGAAAAUAAUUGAGUAUUGAAAGAACAGCAGAAAUUGUUAUGAAUGUGAUGAGAUAAUUAAGAGCAGCUUAAUAAAGACCCAAUCUUAAUAAUAGGUAAAGAUUUAUUACUUAUAGGAUAGACGUGCAGAUGGAGAAUUUGAUGAUUUCCUUGAAUAAAGAAGACCAUUCACAGCUCCAAAUAACUAAUCAGCUACUCAUUGAG